CAGAACUUACACCACUUUACAUGAUCUCUUCUUCUCGCAGAAUGAAAAGCAUUUUCAUUUCCCAUACCGUCAUAACAAACGCCACACCAAUAAAGACCGCUCCCCUCCAAUUAAGUUACUAAUUACGAUUUCGAAACAAGCUGCAUAAAUAUUUCUGAAAUACUUUCAAAAAUUGUAUCUGACGUCAAGCCAUACCUUUUUGCGCUGUUGGUCUCACUAACUUGGAUCUACUUUCUGAAUCUGGACCAUUAGUAUCGUCAAUUAAUAAAAUGUUUCCCACAUUGAUGAAAAUUAAUGCUGGUAGCGUGGGAUUAAAGACUUUCACCCGUAGAUUUGUGAAGAUGAGAUUGCGUGAGGUUUCAGGGUCUAAAGAAAUAUUGACAUCGUCAUCCUUACCACCGGAAGAAGAUCAUAGCGUGACGGAGGAAUCGAAAUCGGCACGACCAGAUUUUCGGGAGAAGAAUAUUGGAACUAUUGCAAGAAUUUUGGGUGUGUCAGAAUCCGAUGUGAGGAAACCUCCAAGAAAGCUGAUUGUGGAGGAAAAUGCGAGAGAAACUUUCAACGUGUUACAGGAGCAUGGGUUCCUCGCGAGAGAAGUGCUUUGUUACCCUGAUCUGUUUAUGAUGUCCCCGAUGGCUACGUUUAACUAUAUCGAAAUCAUGAAGGAGUCGCUUUUCACCUCCGUGGGACUGUCUCAAAUCUUAAACUUCAGUCCAUUGCAAAAACGAUCGGUGGAACUUCUCCAUCAAAUGAAAGUGACUCCAACGCCACCAGAAAUUGUUCAAAGUUAUUUUGCCGUGUUGGAAAUGAAGAAAAAUACUCAGGCUGAAGAUUCCGUAUGGAAUGCGUUACCGCAUGACAUGAGCAGGUUGACUCUCAAGGAACUCAGACAAAUUGUGAUGGCUCAAUUUAUCGCAUGGAAAUUAAACUGUGAUCCAGCAGAAGUGCAUCUAGUCUUUCCAAAGUAUUUAAGAAUCAGUCAUCGAUGCCUGAAUUGGAUUAAACAAUCACUCGAAAUAUUAAUGGAGGAAACCACAUUGGAAAAGGAUAAGAUCUUACGUCACGGCUAUCUCCUUCAAGCAAAUCCAAAGAAUACGGCCGACGUCCUCCGCAAUAUCGAGUCCUUGUCAGGCAUCCCGAUGGAAAAAUUAUUACACAAACGUCCCAAAAUUUUAAUGUCGUCAAGAAAGACACUGCUUGAAGUGGAAUCUCUAUUUACUCAACACGGCAUCCCUCCAGAUUCCCUCCUCCGACAUCCCGAGUUGUACACCCUGUCGGCAAAUACUCUUCGAGAACGACUCGAGGAAUUUGACAGCAUCCCAGAAUUUAGCGUCUUAAAAAAUCAUCCUCGCGUGUCAAGGCUGAUCUAUUAUCAAAAGAAGGCAAAAGCACGCGUCGAAUACUUCCGCUCUAUCAAUAUGACCGGAGCUUCGUUACAUUUACUUUCAUUGGACAAAAAUAAAUUCAAGAGGCAACUGGAAAAGGGUGGACCACGCACGAGGGGACUGGAUAUCCUUACAUAUUUAAAAACGUACUUUAGCAAAACGAAGAAAGAAAUUCGCCAAGCGAUUCACAUGCAGCCCCACUGGCUCAACAGCAGCUCAAUAAAUAUGAAAGACUCACUCCAAUUUAUUGAAGAAUUCAAAGUGUUCACAAAAUCUCAAAUAUUUUCCGCCCUGCCGAUUAUCCUGUAUCCGAGGGAGAACUUGCAGCAGAAAUUCCAAGCGGUCCUCGACUCGAAGGAAGCCAGCCUAACAGACGAUUACUUUCUUCAUAUGGUUCUCUACUUUUUAGAAAAAAGUGUUCACUUCUCUGGCGAUGGGUUAUGGCAUCGGAACUCCACUCAGUUAAACACUGAUGACGAAGGGGAUGACGAACACGUGACGAGAUUCGAUUCGUAUUUAGACAAUUUGGACAACAUGAAAAAGAACAAAAAGCGGAAGACGGCAAAACUCCUUCCAGAAGUGGAAGAAACCGAACCGGAAGAAAUUGUUUUUGGCGAAUCAUUAUACGAAACUUUAAAUAAUGACAAUAAUAACAAGAAGAAACCCAACGGCAAAGUAUGAUCAUCAGUGAUAUUAAAGAAACAAAAGAUUUGAUAAAAGUAUGUAUUUUUAUUAGUAGCACUUUUUUGGUGAUAGUGUCGUAGAUUUAAUAUUUCGGAGAAUCCGUUGACCAAAUUUUAGUUAACAACAACAAGUUUAUCAUCUUCUUCUAUCUAAAUAUCCAGUACAAAAUACAGAUUUAAUAUAUUCAUCAUUUUUAUAUAAAGUUAAAUUCUGCUCGAUCAGGCUAAAUCAUAGCUUUAUCAUGAGUUAAAUAUAAUUUAACUUACAAAUAUUUAACAAGAAACUUGUAAAUAAUUAUGUCCUCGUCACUAGUGGAAUCGUACUACUAUUAUUAAUAUUAUGCUAACAACUGGCUACAAGAAACAAUACGAAGAAAGUAAUAAUUUGUAUCUCGAAAGAUAUAUAUAAAA